UUAUGAUCAAUAUUUAAGGGAAGAAGAAAUUAAAGCAUUGCGAAUGUGAUAGCAUGAAUUGAUGGAUGGAACAAUUGAUUUUGUCAAUACUUCUUUAUUGAGAUGUUGAUCGGGGCUAUAAAAUUAACAUAAAACUGUUCUUUUGUAGCACCAGUUCAUUUGAUGUUUAAAAUAUGUGGAUUUUGGAAGAGGUUGCAAACAAGUUUGGCGUUGGUGAAGGAGCAGUCAAGUUAUUACUGACUUUAUACAUAGUCUACAUAUUUGGAGCAAUUCACAGAAGAUUUUUCUUCAAGACUCCAGCUUAUGUCCAGCAUAUUUAUUUCACAAUAAUUGGACUUUCUCUAAUCUAUUGGAAUUAUGGCAAUGGAUUUAUUCAUUCAAUCAUCUGCAUCACUGCACAGUGGCUGAUUUUCAAAGUCAUUGGAACUCCAACAGCAUGUGUGGCUAUAUCAUUUCCAUUUCAAUUGGCUUAUCUCGUUGCUGGCUAUGUUGCGACUUCAACUGAAGGAUAUGAUAUUAAUUGGACGAUGCCACACUGUGUCUUAAUGAUGCGACUUAUAGGUUUGGCAUUUGAUAUAUAUGAUGGCCAUCGUGAUCAGGAGAAGGUCACCCCUGAACAGAAGACAUUGCUCAUUAAUGAUGUUCCAUCUCUUCUUGAAAUGUUUGGUUAUUGUUAUUUUUAUGGAGGAUAUAGUGUUGGGCCACAGUUUCCAAUCCGAAGGUUCCGCGAAAUGGUUAAUGGUGAACUUACAGAUAGUCCAGGAAGAAGACCAAAAUCUGUUGUUCCUGCUUUGCGAAGAUGUAUAUCUGGCACCACUAUUCUUGCGCUUCAACUGGCAUGUGAUGCAUAUUUUCCAGAGAAAAUGUUGUUUAAUAAAGAUUUUGAGGAAUCAAGUUUCUGGUGGCGAGUGUUUGUCGUUGGUGUCAGGGGUCAUGUUUUAUUUUACCAAUACAUGUCAAUAUGGAUAAUAAAUGAAGGUGUUUGUAUAAUGAGUGGACUUGGUUAUCACAAAGUUGAUGAAGUGCAAUGGGAUGCUGUUAGAAACGUUCGAGUGAGAAAAUUCGUUACUGCCAAGAGUUUUCAAGAUAUGAUUGAUUCAUUCAAUAUAAAUACAAACCAAUGGGUGGCAAGGUAUGUUUUCAAACGUCUGCGUUUCCUUGGAAACAAGACUGUGUCUCAUCUUUCUACACUGUUUUUCCUGGCUAUAUGGCAUGGAUAUCAUGAAGGAUAUUUCACUUGUUUUUUCUAUGAAUAUAUUGUGAUGACCGUCGAAAGACCGUUGCGAGCAGAGUUGAAAGAUACAUCCAUUUAUAAAUCUCUGAUCGCUUCCAAAUCUACUUCUUGGAUUCCCAACCUCAUUGGUUUCCUAUAUGUCAAACUUCUAUUCGGAUAUUGUGUCCUUGACUUCUCUCUACGGAAGUGGAAAAUUUAUGCACCGAUAUACAGGUCCAUUUUCUACUAUGGGCAUUGUGUCUACUUCAGUCUCUGGAUAAUUCUGAAGAUCAGAGCAUCUAUGAAGCAAAAGCAACAGAAGGAGAGCAAACUCGAAUGAGAAUCUAUGAACUACAAACACUAUGCAGAUUAACAGCUUUAGACAAGUUUUAGACUGUUUUUAAUAUAUGUUUACUGACAAUUUAUUCAACUUUAAAUAAUAAGAUUCCGUUCCAUCAAUUGUAAUCAAGUCCUGAAAAAAACCUCAAUUUUGAUUUCGCAUUAUACUUGUUAUAAUGCAAGAAAUGUGUUAUUUUGAUAUUGCAUUCCAUAAUUAAUUAAUCUUUCAAAAGUGAACUUAGCAUUGAUUGAAAGAACCCUCUGCUGGUUUAUUCUGCAUUCCCAGACUUAUGCUUAUCGUUGUUAAACUAUUCAAACAAAACGCCUCUAGUAGUACAUGGAAGUAGGGUAUAUAUCUAGUUAUAUGGGCGCUCCAGAAGUAUGUGUACCAAUACGGAGGUAGCUAAUUUUGUUUGCCUACUUUACAUCAAGUUGUAUAAAGGGACUGAAACCUAUGGGCAGGGGGUAUAUUCACACAGACAGUUCCCGAACUCGUAAUAGAACUAAAAAAAGGAAAAUUGGAAUGAAAUUAUGCCCUAACCUGGUACACAUACUACGAAUUAACGUUAUAUGGACCGUUAUGGGGACACAGCGGCGACUUUUUCUUGGCGAAAACUUUUUUUCCAAGUUGAGGAAUUUCAUCUUGAAUACGGCUAAUAAAUGAUACAAGUAUAUGCAGAGUUUUGAAUAUAUAGCUACCUGUUGUUAUAUUGUUGGAUUGGUAUUAUGAUUUUAUUUGAAGUGAAAGUACUUAGGAAAAAUGAGAUUUGAAAUAAUAUACUAAUACUAACUGUAUCAAAUUCAUAUGUAUCAUAGCAAUGAUUGCUUCAAACCAUGUCUCAUUAUUUCAAUUUCUACUUUUUGGUAGUCAUAUUUAUUACUACGGCCUGCAUUAUUUUUUAUAAAUGCAUUUAGCAUAAGCAUGAAAAGUUUGAA